AUGUCAUCUGAGCUAAUCAAACUCCAUAGAGAGAAUGCAGAGAUUUACCAUGGAGAAGAUCUAUGCAGGCAGAAAUUUCACGAACUGCUGGAAUCUUUUUCUCUUCCUCGCGGUGUCUUACCCUUGGAUAUCAUUGAGCUCGGCUACAACCGAUCCACUGGAUUUAUUUGGCUCAAGCAGAAGAACAAGAAAGUGCACAAGUUUCACCUCAUUAACAGGACUGCCCAUUAUGAUACUGAAGUCACAGCUUUUAUUGAGAAGGGUCGACUAAGAAAUGUAACUGGCGUCAAGAGUAAGGAGUUUUUUACUUGGUUUUACCUUUCUAUUAUCUACAUCAAAGAUCCUUCUUCUGGCAAGAUUGAGUUUGCAAUAGCCAGUGGUCUGGGCAGCUCGUUCCCAAUUUCAGCUUUUGAGAUCGAAAAUGACAAGGAUGAUGGCCAGAAGAACGGAAGCUGA